GUAAUAUCCACAUAACAAUGAGCGAUCUGAACGCUAGAAGUAUGAUAUCCGACGAUUCUGAAGAUGACUAUCAAAGACUAGCGGAUGGAUUUAUCAUCAGUAAUAAAGGGGGUGUUCAGUGGGAGGAUGUAGUCGAGUUGGAUGAACCUAAAGAAAUUUUAAAAGAACGUGUCGUGCUACCAUUAAGAUUUCCGCAGCUUUUUAAAGGAGCAAGGUCAUGUCAUAUGGGUAUUCUGAUGUAUGGACAUCCUGGGAGUGGAAAGACGUAUAUAACAUCAGCUGUGUUUUCCAAUAUUUCGGAAGUGACGUAUUUCAAAUUUUCAGUUUAUGAUUUAUUCAGCAGAUGGGUGAAACAUGGUGACAGAUUACUGGGACAUGUAUUCAAGAUGGCGUCAGAGAAAAGGCCAAGUGUAAUUUCUAUUGAUGACGUAGAAGUCUUAUGUCUAACGUCUGAUGUGGAAGAUACACAAAGACAAAAAUCAAAAGGAGAAUUGAUCAAGAUUUUAAUGGGCAGAGUUGACGGUGUUCAAGUUAUAUUAAACACCUCUAGACCGUGGUUGUUAGAUAGGGUUUUGCUACGUCAUAUAACCCACAGAGCUCACAUAACCUUGCCUACAGAAACUGGGCGAGUACGGAUUAUCCAGAACCAGUUAACGUCUAUACAGAAUACACUUUCCGUUGAUGACAUUAAAGCACUGGGCGGCAAAACCGAAAGAUCCACACCCUCAGAUCUUGUUGUUCUUGUAAGACAUGCAAUGUUCGAACCAUUAAGACAAAUGAUGGCAUCGACACACUUUAAAAAGACAGGAGAGGAUGGUAAAUACACCCCGUGUCAUGGUGAUGACCCCUAUGCUAUGGAAAUGACCUUCAUGGAUAUACCAGAGACAGAGUUACUGACGCCGUCUGUUACCAUGGCUGAUUUUGUCACGGUGUUAGAAAAAUAUAAACCAACCAUUGACGAACAAGAGGUAAAACAAAUGACUGAAUUCGCACAACGCUACUUAUAACUAUCUAUAACUAUUUAUAACUAUGUAAAACUAUCUAUAA